AUGGGUUUAAUUAGUAUGAUGAUGGAUAAGGGCUUUGAACGUGCCCGAAAAGCUUUGCAAUCAAAACAAAAAGAGCUCAAGCAAAAAGGAAAAGGGAACAAACCGAACGCUUCCGUUGCUCUUAGCGAAGAUGAAGUCAAACUGCUUUACGAGAAAGAACUUUUGGGAAUUUCGAGUCGCGAAGCGUUGCUAAACACGGUUUGGUUUAGCAAUACUAUUCACUUCGGCCUUCGUGGUUGCAAAGAACACCGAGAUAUGUGCUGGGGCGACGUAAAACCACGCAAGAACGCGAAUGGAGAGGAAUAUUUAGAGUAUUUUGAGCGACAAACGAAAACACGUAUACAGGAGACAACCCAAGAGAUGUUAGAAAAGUAACGCCAAAAAUGUAUGCUAUCCACACAAAUCCGCCGGAAAAAGAUCCUGUCUUUGUUUACAAGUUCUACACAGAAAAACGUCCGAAUGAAAUGAAUGCAGACGAAGCACCGUUUUACCUCGCCGUAAACCACUGCAAAAAGGUUUCAUCUGAUAAGUCUUGGUUUAAAAAAUCUGCUAUAUUGGUGUGAACACACUAAACUCGCUGAUGAAAAGAAUCGCUGAGAAAGCUGACCUUGGUCCAAACAUCAGCAAUCAUAGCGGGCGAAAAACUUAACGAUGAUGCAAACUUUGAGAGUUUGACCAACAACGAUGUUCCUCCCACAGACAUAGUUCAACUUUCUGGGCAUACUGAGAAUUUGCAAAGCGUUACGAAUUAUUCAACCGUAACCCAAAACCAGCAAAUGAAAAUGUCUCGAGCCUUAGCGAACUUGGCGACUUGCAAAGAGUCCUCCACUUCGAGUAUUAGCGAACAAAAGCCAAACCGGGAAGUCGAACACCAACAACAACAACAACAAGCAAUGGCUUUGUUUUCUGGCGCGGUAAUUCAAGGAGGUCACAUAAGCAUUUCGAUAAACAGUUUAAAUCAGUCCAUCGUUGUUCACGUCUAG